AGUCAUAACAAAGAGACUUUCUCAGGCACACUCCCUUAUUGUCACGUCUGCUUCGAAAGCAGACGCCCGACUCACCGUCUCUUCCAUUUUGAUCGCCCAACAUCUUGAUUUCAACAUAAGUAUUUGCUCCCCAAAGCAUUUUAUCAGUAGUGAUGCAGAACGCAAAAAAACGUGAGGUGUGCUACGAGACUCGUGACACGUACCACAAGUGCCUCGAUACCCUCCCGGAGGACCCCGAGAAAGAAUGCGCCGCGCAUAAGAAGAUCUAUGACCAAUCGUGUCCGCCAAGUUGGGUGUCGUACUUUGAAAAGCAACGCGAGCGAGAAGUAAUUCUUCAACUGCAGGUAGAACAGUACAAAGGUCGGUAA